CAGCUUGUUCAUUACAUUCCGUGCCGUGUUUGUGUGCCAAACUCAACAGUUAACGAUCGAGUUCCGCUGCUCCAAUUUAUACCCUUGAAGAUGCGAGCCCUGUUGCCAUGUGUGCUGUGUGUAGCGGUACAGCUUGUAGUAUCUCUGCCCCUGGAGCCCUCAGGAGUGUCAGUGCAAGAACAGCAACCCCAGGAGCAGCAGGAGACGUUAGAGACACUAAAUCUAGGUGACCCAAGGCAUGACGUUAGUGCAAGAGACAAAAGAACAAUCGGAUUUCUAAGGCAGCUUUUCCCUGGCCUAUCUCAAAUCAUUGAUAAUACAAUACAAAGUAUCACGAGGGUCUUGUUCCGGGUAAUUGGACGUCUGGUUCUCCAAGGUGGGCUUCUUGGAGGUGGGGGAGGAGGUGGAGGAGGUGGUGGUGACACCUCCUCUUCCUCCGGUGGGAACAACGGCCGAAGAAUAAGCAUCACAUUGCCAACAUAUCCUCCAGGGACAGAUGAUGAUGAAGAGGAAGAUAACACAGAGAAGGCUGCGUCAGAAGUGAAUCCUGAGGCAGAGAAUCAGGUUGUGGGAGCCGAAUCACAGCAGCAUGAAGUCCGAGUGCAAUACACAGAUCCAGGCCAAUCAGCACAGCAGAUCUACAAUGACCAGGAGGAAGCAGCAAGUGGAGGGAAUGAUAAUCCUGCAGGUGCAGUGGAUGGAGAUACUGAGGAAGACCCUCGCAACAAGAGGUACCUGAGCUUCGGGUUUGGUGCCGAUUCAAGUAGUAGCAGCAGUAGCAGCAGUAGUGGCUCUGGUGGUGGGUCAGGAAACUUCCUCUUUGACAUCAUUAGGUUGGUAGCUGGUAGUGGCAACACUGAUUCAGGCGAUGAUGGCAAGCCAGCUGAAGUGUCAGGAGCAGUGCAAGCGGAGAAGGAUGAUGGCUACCAAGCAGGAAUUCCAGGUCCCAUUACAAGGUUGUUUAUUGUUGUCAACAGAGGUAUUGCUAAUCUGGUACAGGACCUCAUCUUGCGCCUAGCUCAGACCAGUGAAAGAAUAGUCAACUUUAAAGCCAGGCUCAUCACAGCCAUCAUUUAAUGCUACUUCAUAAUGCAGUUCCACACAUAUCACAUAUUGCUGUUCCUUUGAUGUAACAAGAUAAAUGUUACCACAAUUCAUUUUCAGAACUUCAAAGAAGUGCCCCCUAAUGCACUUGAAAUACAUUUAUCUGGAGCUCAUUACAUUGAAACAAUAUGUAAAAAUUACAUAUUUAUGUUCACUGUAUAUGUAUAACUGGUCAUACUGCUUUCCUUUAACUAAAAGGUUUGUACAGUAUGGAAAAAGUGCCUUAAUAGAGAGACAAGAUUGAAUAUGUAACGCCUUCUACAUGUGGAAUAUUAUGGGGCUUUCAUGUUCUGAGACACAAGUGUUGGCACAGGUUGUAAAAUAAACCAUAUUUUUCCAGUGCUCCAUAUAAAUGAAGCUGCUAGUCUUUUGUAGCUUUCAAAUAAAAUUGUAAUAUGCAUAAAAUCUCUCAUUAAUUUGGAACUUUAUUAAAAUAAAAAACAAUUCUAAAUUGUAAUUUUUAAAAACGGAAGAUUUAAUUCUGAAACAAUUGAUUGCAUUAACUGCUUCAGUGGUAUUCUUGGAGUAUUUUCAUUAUUUGUUCUCAGUUCCUAUACUUGAAAACUAUCAGGCUCAAUGCAUUGUAGUGUCUGUUAUAUCCUGACAUUUCUGUAGUUUGUGUAAUAGCUGCCACAUGUGGUUCUCGUGUUUCUCAGAAGAUUUGAGCAACUUGCGGAUCAUUCUUCAUGGAUUUCUUCAUGCAAUAACAAUGUGUUUCAUAUUUUAAGAGAACAAAAAUCGACUUCUAAUUACUACUGAAGCGGUUAAAUUUGUUUGUAAAUAUUCUGUCAAAUAGUGCAUUAGUCACUCAAAUUCUAAGGGAGUUCAAAAAGUUCCAUGUAUGAUAGUAUAAAAUAUUUCCAUGACAUUUAUAUAACUUUUUAUAUUUUCAUUUAGUUUCAGAGCUUAAAUAUAUCUGUUUUAAGAAUCUUCUUAUAGAUUCCAUAGCGUGACUGUUAUUGAUGGAUUAAGAUUGAUUAUUCAUCUGUAACAGCCCAGGAACUUUUUGAAUCUGCCUUACAAAGCAAUGUGUUUGAACAGAACUUAACUUAGUCAGUAAUAAGAUGAGGAUCUACAAAAUUAGAACAAAUCUGUUUUAUGUAAGUUUCGAGGUUUUCACGGCGAUGACUAUGAAGAAAGUCGUCUUCUGGGAUCUGGCGCCAGAUCCCAGAAGACGACUUUCUGCAAAUCUGUUUUAAUUAAACUAGCCACUAAAUAUUUUUUGAUGCAAUAUCGUGUGCUAGACCUGCGAUUAUGUGUAAAAUGAAUGGAUUUCUGAACCACUGAACAAGAAGAUUUGCUCAAACUUCUUACAGAAUUUAUUUUGUAAGUCUGUGGUAAAGGCAUUGUGUACAAAGUGCCUCCCACUUGGAUUAUAAUUCUCAUAACAUUUUUAUAGCCAGAUAUUAAAACAUAAACUAUAUUUGCUGAAAAUGUCAUUAAAAUCCACAAAUAAAUAAAACAUAAACCUUCUCUUGAAGUUAAUAAAAUAUUUAUACCAUACAGACAGUACACAGCAAACAUGUUCUAUUGGUGUGUCUUGAGCACAGAGCCAAUAUAGCUCAGUCAGUACAGUAACUGGGCUAUAGACUGAACAGCGAAGGAAUCAUGGUUCAGUUCCCAGCAGAGACAAGAGAUGUUACUCUUCGCAGCAUCCAGGCUGGCUCUGGAGCACACCCAGCCUCCUGCCUGUGGGUACCAGGGGUUGUUUCCCCUGGGGAUAAAGCAGGAGCUUGAAGCUGACCACUUACCUCCAUCCAAAGCUAAGGUUAAGAUGUAUGUGGAUCUAUGCCUCCGUUCUCCUGUGUAUCUGCAUGGUGUUGUGAUUUAAUUAAGCACAAGGACAGCCUUACCAUUUACCUUCCUUUGUCUUGUAUAAAUACAAAGUUGCUGUUCACAAGGCAUUCACAUUAUUCAUAAAUUUCAAAGUAGGAUGUUCUAUUCCUUUUUCUCAACAAUUGUUUACACUGGUUUCCAGAACUUAACCAAUUUCUUGCUAAUAAUUGUGCCACAUUAAUUAUACAAAAUUCUUACAACUAUCUUUUUGAUAGUGUGUCUAUAAUCUUAAAGUUUUUAUUGCAAUGAAGUAUUUGAACACGUUGAAGACCGUAAAACUAGUGAAAAUUCUUUAUAAUUAUAUGUGGCUGACAAAACAGGGUAUUCAUAACAUCCUGUAGCCAGUUGUCUUUUGUAUACUUCAGAAUUAUCAUAGAUGUGAACAUUUGAACGUGUGAAAAUGAUUGAUACUGUUUGUUUCCAUAACAGUCCACUGUAAGUAUAACGUAUGCUAUACUUUUAACACUUUCAACACUCAAUUUUAAAGAAACAUAUUUUGUUAGUAUGUUUCCACAUAAUAUACAAAAUGUCAAAAAAAGGCAAAAACUGUAAUGUUUAUAGAUGGCAGGAUAUAUAAUAUUACUGGUCUUGUCAAAGAGCAAAUAAAUUCAGACCAUUUUCCUGGAUGAAGCUUGGAAAGAGUUAAACUAAUGAGUAAAACUGAAUGAGGUACUGACUUUUUUUUUUAAGAAAAAGAAUGAUAUUGAUUGCCAGUGAUGACACAUAAAUUGUAUCAUUUUUCACAGUAUCUUUAGGCAGGAUGUGAUCUUCUGAAUUAUGGCACCAUGUAGUCUUAUACACGGAUUCCAGUUUUUCAAAGGAAUAUGUUGAACUUGUCUUCAGGGUUGAAGUUUAUAGGAUAAGAAAUUAGCUCAGUUAUAUAUGCACAUCAUAUGAAGGUGGUCACUGAGAUCCAAGGGAAGGGAUAAGGAAAUGGAGACCCUGAAAAGGGCCACCUUCCCAUUCACUAUUUCUGUUCGCCAUUUUCUGAUCCCUCCCUUGGAUCUCAGUGACCACCUUCCUAUGAACUGAAGGAAUUUUUCUUUAUCCCUGAAGAUGGAGGCAGACAUUUCCUUUGAAAUCUCAGUAUCUACCCACAGAACUACUGUGUCACAGCCCAGAAUACCACAUUGUGAAUUAUUACUAAUGUUUAAAUCAUAAACUUGUAUUUUUGAGACCAUAGUUCUGAAUUACACCUUCAGGCAAACAAAAUAAAGUAGUAAUAUUCAACUAAUCAUUCAUAAGCAAACCCAUCAAUAUGUUCACAUCAGUGAUGAUCACACACCUAAACUGAUUAUUCCAUUUCAUGAUGCUGUUUCAAUCUGAUAACAGUUUAUGCCUGACAUAUGUAAAAUUCUGCAAGUAUGACAUUUAUGUUUUCUUGAAUAUCUGUGGGACGAACGUGCAUUUUAUGAUUGAAUAAAAGUGUAGAAUUUUGUACAGUCUUUAUUGCUUCCAUAUUUGUUUAAGUGUAAGAUGAACUGAAGUUUUUGUCUGUAAUCUGAAUUUCUUUUAAAAUAGUUUACAAACAUUUUCUUACAAACCAAUAAAUCACAGUUGCAACUUGAUCAUCAUAUGAAGGAAUAACAUUUACAGCUAUUUUCAUAUAUAUAGUCAUUUUAUAAUUAUUUAUGACACCAGGUAGUCUUUCUUGAGCACAACAUUUGCAGUACAUGGAAGUGUCUCUGUCACACCACAUAAUUUUCUUCGAAAUAAAGCAGUUCACUGUAGAAAUUCAAAAAUACAGUGCAUCUCCGUGUUACAGAUAUUGAAUUACAAAAUUUUGUCCUUGCAGAAAUUAUAAAACUUGACUGUAAAAUUUAUGAUACAGACCAUAAUUUCAUUGUUUUGAAAAUUGGUAUACAGAUUAAGAGUUUUUGAACAUAAAAUGCAAUAUAACAACAAAUUCAGACAGAACUAUUAUUUUAAUAUAUUAUUCCUUGUUAAGAAAUUCAGAUUGCAUAUUCAUAUGCAUGAAACUAAUGGAGCAAGAUAUCAGUAAUGAGCCUGUUUACAUCAUCAGUGAUAUGGGGGGGGGUGCUUAUGGCAUGGUCGCUGUUCCCAUCUUAUUCGACAAGGAUUUCAUUAUAUGAUUAUUGAGUUUAUUUUUGUGUACCUGCUGUUAUUUACAGUGGGUAAAAAAAGUAUUUUUAUUAUAACUGUGGGCUGGAAAAAAAUUCAGUAGGACUGCAUCCCCACUUGUAACAUGAAGUCAACAGAAAAAUAUGGUUCACAUUACAGAAUUUCACAAUAUGGACACAGUUUAUAGAACACAUUGCCAUAAUGAUGAUGUGUGUAGUAAUUUCGAAUUUAUCACUGAGAAAGCAAAUCAGAUCAUCUUAGAUUUGAAUAAAUGGUAGUAAUCAAUUUCCUAGAAGUUUGUACAUAGUGUAAGAAUGUUUUUACUAUUAUGUAGACUUCUGUAUAUUGUUAUGGUAGAUUUUUAUAUUAAAACUGUUACAUCAUAUACUAAAAGUACACAUAUUAAAUUGGCAGAAAUUUUGAUCUUUGUAUGAUGUCAACGGAAUUGUCUUUCAUUUCCACUAUAGGAUAUCUUUAUAAGAUAAGUUGAAACUGAAGAUGAACGUUUUCUUGUUGUCACAGUGUAAAAAUAUUAAAAAUCAGUAAACUUCUAAGUUCAUGUAAUAAAUAAAUAAAUCACAACUGUCAUGGA